UCCCAAAUCCUCCACCACCACCAGCAAGCUCCAGCCAUGUCGGGCCGCGGCAAGGGAGGCAAGGGGCUCGGCAAGGGCGGCGCCAAGCGCCACCGGAAGGUGCUCCGCGACAACAUCCAGGGCAUCACCAAGCCGGCCAUCCGCCGCCUGGCGCGCCGCGGCGGCGUCAAGCGUAUCUCGGGCCUCAUCUACGAGGAGACCCGCGGCGUGCUCAAGAUCUUCCUCGAGAACGUCAUCCGCGACGCCGUCACUUACACCGAGCACGCGCGCCGCAAGACCGUCACCGCCAUGGACGUCGUCUACGCGCUCAAGCGCCAGGGCCGCACCCUCUACGGCUUCGGGGGCUGAUCUGAUCUCCGUCGGGCCCCUGUGUCUUUCAGAGUGCUGGUGUUGGUAGCGUUGACGAUGCUUCUAGCAGUUCUUAGAUCUGUGGGUUAUGUACUGUGAAGUCAAGUUGUGUUGCGUGUCGGUUAUGAUUAAUGGAUUUGGUGCCACUUCUCAUGGCACCAGCGUUGUUAAAAUC